AGUACAUUUUUGGCUCAUAAUGUCGUCUACUACUCCCAACGAGGCUGACGCACCCCCACGAGGCGAUGUGGCAGAAGGAGAAGACCCACAGCCUGUGAAAGAGUCGGAGGGACGGAGUUUAAUGUCGUUGAAAAUGCGGAUAGCUAGCGGAGGAAAGAACGCCUCGAGGGACCAGCUCGACUUCGUCAAAACAGUCGAUGGGGAUCUCACUAUAGCCGAGGCUGAAUGCGACCUCCUGAAGGAAGAGAACUUCGUCGAAGGAGGCAACACGAGGGCCACAUGGAUAGUGGCUGGUUCGCUGUUGCCGCGAGACGUUCCACUGAAAGAUAUUGAGAAGCUGAAUCGAUCCGAUGAUGUGGUGGUUCAAGUGUUCCUCCAGACAUCGCAAGCAUCUGGGGACUCCGAAGAUGGCACUACUGGUAGAAGUGGAAGCAACACUGUUAACCUGGACAGAAUGGACACCUUCGAGGACAGCGUCUCCAUAUUCGCAUAUGCUGUAUCGGGGUUAGGCAUUGCCUUCACUUGGAAAUAUCUCUUCUAUAGCGAAGCAGCUCAUGCCGAUGGGAGUACAACCCUACUCCAAAGCCUCACUCGCCUCUGCGUAUAUGCAUUCACACUGCUGUGGAUAGCCACAGUAUUGGGAGUCCUCUUUCGGAAUCUUCCACUGAGAAAUGCUCCGACUUACACCAGUCCAGAGGCACCUAGUACGGGCCCCACUGAGGGAGUAGAGCAGCCAGCGGAGGAAAGUGCAAACGCAGCGCAAGGUCAGGCAGCCGACGACUCGCGGUGAUUCGUUGAGCAUCUGUUAGUGAUGAGCACGUUCGAUUGAGUGGCUAUGUGAUUGCUGUUUAUCAUACCCUGUUCACAUUCGUCUAGCGGUUU